AUGUCAGACUCCAACCCUCUGCUCACGGCACGCUCCCUCAUCCUCCUCCAGCUAUUAUCGAGGAUCCUCACUUUCUCGUUGAACCAAACGCUGCUGCGUCUAGCAUCUCCCGCAGUAUUCGGUACGGCAGCCAUCCAAUUCGAUCUGGUGUGCUCGAGCAUCUUGUUUCUGUCGAGAGAGGGUAUCCGCAAUGCUCUUCUACGGCGAAAUAAUGAGGAGGGUGAUAAACCACAAGGAAAGAACGAUGAGCAGACACAUGCUCUAUCGAUAAUGCCCCUGCGUCUAGGCGCACUCUUGGCCACCGCGAUAUCGGGAAUCUACUUGUGGUCAUCUUCAUCAAUCACCACCUCCCAACAGGGCUUCCACCUCUCCUUGGGACUCUAUGUUCUCUCAGCUCUGCUGGAGCUCUCAAUAGAGCCAUACUAUAUCUGCGUGCACACUUCGACGCCGCCUAGACUCAAUGUACGGGUACAAGCAGAAGGAGGAAUGGCCAUCGUCAAAGCAGUCGUCACUGUCGCGAGCUUGCUUGGACUUGGAGAGAGACAUGCCCUGCUGAGCUUUGCGCUGGGGCAGGUCUCAGGUGCUCUCUGGCUGGCUGUGAGAUAUAUCCAAGAGUACAACUGGAAUGUCCAAAGUCUCCUUGUUGCCAAGCGCCGCACAGUCCGACCGAGGUCUGAUCCGGGGCUGUACUCCCUUGCAAUGGCCAACACAGGACAAAGCUUUAUCAAGCAUGUCUUGACAGAAGCAGACAGGUUCGCUGUCGCCCGUUUGAGCCCUCUGGAUGAUCAGGGAGGAUAUGCAGUCGCCAUGAACUAUGGAUCACUGGUAGCGCGCAUAGUUUUCCAACCGCUGGAAGAGUCCCUCCUCCUACACUAUUCCAGUUCCCUCGAAUCCCCAGCAACUCUACCCCUCUUCACCGAGACUAUCCGGCUGUCUCUUUAUCUUGAUACUCUCGUCCGCACCUUUGUCCCUCCUCUUUUCCCAGCCCUAUCCCCCUUCCUCUUGCCCCGGCAAUAUCUAGACACCUCGGCGCCCUCCAUCCUCAGGCUCUACCUGACAACAUACAUCCCUCUCCUGAGCUUGAAUGGCGUGGCAGAGUCGUUCCACACCGCUAGCGCGGACCCUAGUGAGGUCAAACUUCAAGCAAGAUGGAUGGUGGCGAGCUCUGGCGUGUUUGCGGGUACUCUUGCUCUGUUAGCUUCUGUUGGAGACAUAUAUACCACCAGCCGUGGUGCUCCUUCCGAGAUCAUCACCCCCAAUCAAGAGCAAAGGCUUGUGCUCGCCUCUUCGGCGGCUAUGCUCGUACGGAUAGUAUAUGCCCUCCGUCAUGCGAGGCGUUCCUUUUCUCUACAGAAACCUUCUUUGAGGCUACUCAACCUUCUACCGAGUCUCAAGGUGCUCAGUUGGGCUGUUGUCGCCAGAUCUUUGUUGGGAUUCUGGUCAGCGACCGACAGAUGGCAAAGCGGGUGGAAAGGUUGGGUCGAGUUGGUCGGCGCUGGAGGGGUGCUGGGAGUGGUCUCCCUUGUGUUCAUGUAA